AUGACACAAUUAAAAAAUAGGGAAUCAAAACUAAAUCAUUUAAAUAAUAGUAUUGAAAAUGAUGAAAAAUAUCAAAUAAAAUUUCAAAAUAGUUGUAAUAAUAAUAAUAAUAAUAAUAAUAAUAAUAAUAAUAAUAAUAAUAAAAAAUUUAAUUCCAUAGAAAAAGUAGAUGAUAAUUAUAAAGAAGAGGAAGAAGAAUACGAUGAUGAUGAUGAUGGUGAUGGUGAUUAUUCAUCAGAAGAAUAUGAUUCAGAUAGUGAUUAUUCAAAAUCAAAUAAAAAAUUAAAUAAAUUUACAAUGUAUGAAAUGUUAAUUAGUGAAUUAAUACAUUUUUCAGCAAAAGGGGAUGUAGGAGAUUGUGAGGCAGUGAUAGCAAAGAUAAAGAGUCAACAUAGUAAUAUCUCAUUGAAGAGUUUAUUGAAUUCGUUGGAUUCAGAGGGUAAUACAGCAUUACAUUGGGCAUGUUAUAGAAAACAUUUUCAAGUUGUGAAAUAUUUAGUAUCGAUUGGAGCCAAUGCAAAUACGGCCAAUUCAUCAGAGAAGCAAACUCCAUUUCAUUGGGCAUGUGUGGCAGGUGACAUUUAUAUCAUACAUCAUUUGGUUCAGGUUGGAAAUAGUGAUAUAUUCCUUAGGGAUCGCAGGGGUCUGAAUUCACUGCUACUCUCGACCCACCACGAUAGGUCAUUGGACGUGGCGCGAUAUCUCCUCCACAAAGGCCUACCCGUGACCAGUAAGGAUGACGAGGGACACACCGCACUCCAUUGGGCAUCGUUCUCGGGAAAUUUAAAACUGAUCCGACUGUUGAUAAAUAGGGGUGCCGACAUCAACUCAAUCGAUAAUUUACACAGAACUCCAAUACAUUGGUCGUCGUUCAAGGGCUACACCGAAUGUACAGUGGCACUCCAUGAAGAGGGUGCCAAUUUGAAUCUAAAAGAUGCAGACAAUAAAACUCCCUACGAAUUGGCUUUAACUCGUUCAACUGAUCCUUGUAUUGCUUUCCUAUGGAAAGCUCAAAAAAUUGAGAAAAAGCAAUUAACCAAGGGUAAGUCAUCUCUAGAGUUGCAAGAUAACGCAAAUGUAUACAAUUACUUUUGGACCUUUAUGGCGUUACUUGGAAAUUUCCUUUUCUUUUAUAUUCUCUACUCCUUUAAAUGGUACAUUUCAAUUCCAUCAAUAAUUAUACUUGGUAAUUUUUGUCGUAUCUAUCUAACUCAUCUUUGGGUUGAUUAUUGUACAAAUCCAUUACCUGUAACUUGGUGGAUUGUUGGUUGUUUUAUUUGUUAUUGGACUUAUUUCUUUCAAAUUCUAUGGUAUGUUCCAAAUUAUAUAUUUUGCCAUACAGUUAUAUCAAUUUUAAGUGCCAUUUUUUUUUAUGGAUUAUGUUGUUUACCAUUUUCAAAUGCUGGUAUUAUAAAAUCAUCACCUGAUGAAGAUUUAAAAGAUUUCAUUUAUAGAAUUGAAAAUAAUCAACCAAUACCUGAAAUUUGUCCAACUUGUGAUAUUCAUAAACCAUUAAGAUCAAAACAUUGUAAAUUUUGUAAACAAUGUGUUGCUAGAUUCGAUCAUCAUUGUAUUUGGAUUAAUAAUUGUGUUGGUACUGCAAAUCAUAGAUUAUUUUUAUUAGUUUUGUCAUUGUAUAGUGCAAUAGCAAUUCCAAUUUAUUAUGUUGCUUUUAAAUUUUUACAAUUAGAUUUAAAUGCACCAUCAUUUGAUGAUGGAUAUAAACAAGCAUUUGAAUAUUAUUAUGAUACACAUAGAAUGGUUUCAAUAUUUUUAGUUUAUGGAUUAUUAGCAUGGAUUUGGAUAUUAAAGUUGUUGAGCGCUCAAAUUUUAGGUAUCAUUUUCAAUUGUACAUUAAAUGAAUUAUUAAACUUGGCAAGAUAUUCUUACCUAAGAAAAGAUGGUAAAUGGAAUGUAUUUCAUCGUGGUUUCUUUUCAAAUAUUACAGAGUUCUUUAUUGGUAGUAAAAAAUGGUUUACAUUUUUUAAUUUUCCAAUCGACUCAAACUUAAUUAAUAAUAAUAAUAAUAAUAAUAUUAAUAAUAUUAAUAUUAAUAGUAACACUAUAAAUGUAAACACCAAAAUCACUACAAAUACUUCCAAAACUAUUAAAGUUAAUUAA